AUGUCCACCGUCCAGACACCUGUUCACAAUGUCCCCGACCAUGGCAACUCCUUCAUCUACCGCAUUGAUGGUGCCAACUUCCGUCCCAACCCUACAAUCGAACAAGGUGUAUUCAAAGGUACCCGAUUAAUUCCAGAGAAGGACUCCUUGACCAACUGCCAUGGAACAAUACUCUCAUCCAAACCAGCUCUCAAUAUCAAGUUUGCCAAGAAGUGCUGUGUGCGAGUGCGAGUCUACCGUCAAUAUUCCAAGUCGGACAACUACAAGCUUAGAGUUCAAUAUGAGAAGCCAAAUGAGGACCAUGGAAUCUUGGGUCUGAUCAGUAUUGCUCCAAAAGGUGAAGUAGUUGAUACCAUCCAGGAGGUGUUGAAUUCAACAACCUUCACGCCAGAAUUUUACGAUUCUGACUCUGUUGUCUCUGGUUUCACCACCUUGAAGAAGCUGACCAAUGUGACCGAGAUCUACCUCACUCUCUCUAUUGAGAAGGAACCUUCGGUUAAUCUGACCAUUGGCAACAUUAACAUUGGACUCCCACUGACUGGUGCCCCUACUGAGCCUGAGAUCAAGGGAGUGAUCAAGUUUGUGGAGUUGAUCAUUACCAAGAACUAA